AUGACAGAGGAGAAAGAUGCUGAAACAAUGCUGAAGCUCGAGCCAGUCAUUUCAUUUACCAAAGAUGAUCUAGAAAACAAGCACAAACACGUUUUAACAACGAUUGAGUCCCCUGGAGGAGAAAAGAUUGAGAUUACAAACAAUGUUGAUGUGGCGAUGAAGUUUGCGAUCGAGCACAAGGGUAAGUUUACGGGGUUGGAUCCAGCCACCGACAAAAGGAUUUUACGAAAGAUUGACGCGUAUUUGCUUCCUGUCAUGUGUUUGUUGUACUGUUUUCAAUUCAUGGAUAAAUUGAGUACCAGUUAUAGUGCAAUUUUAGGAUUGAGAGAAGAAUUGGGCAUGGUGGGGGAUAUGUACAGUUGGACCUCAACCUGUUUCUACAUUGGAUAUUUAGUUUUUGAGUUUCCUGCGUCAUUGAUUCUUCAAAGGUUCCCAGUGACCAAGGCAGUGAGUGCAUUCAUUAUCUUUUGGGGAAUGAUACUCGCCUUGUGCUCGGUUCCACAAUACCCUGGAUUUGUUGCGUUGAGAACGAUUUUGGGCAUGCUUGAGCUGUCGGUUACCCCUGCUUUUGCCAUUAUCACCUCGCAAUGGUACAAGAAAGAUGAGCAAUUUUUGAGGACAGCAUGGUGGUUUGCAUCGAAUGGUAUUGGUGGCGACUUAGGUGUUUUGAUUGCAUACGGCCUAUUCAAGAACCAAGACUCCUACGCUUUACCAGCUUGGAAGUUGGUGUUUGUAGUGACGGGUGUUUUAACCGUGUUUUUGGGAUUCAUUAUCUUGCUUCACAUUCCUGAUACUCCAACUGGAGCUUGGUUCUUUACAGAAGAGGAGAAAGUCUUGGCUGUUGAAAGAAUCAGAUCCAAUCAACAAGGAUUUGGUAACCCAAGGUUCAAGAAGGAGCAAUUUUGGGAAGCGUUGACUGAUCAUCGUACCUGGCUCUUCUUUUUCUUGGCCGUGGCACACAACAUUCCCAAUGGUGGUAUCACAACAUUUGGAACAGUGUUGCUUAAUGAACAGUUUGGUUUUGACACGGCAACCGCUUUAUUGAUGCAAUUGCCUUCAGGCGCAGUUGAAAUAGUGGGCUGUGUGUUGUUUGCGUGGCUACUGAAAUUUAUGAAAUCACGUAUGUUGAUGGCAUCUUUUGUUGGAGGGAUUACUGUUAUGGCUGAAUGUUUAUUAGCAUUUGCACCAACAAAUGAAGGGAAACUUGCAGGCCUUUAUUUGUGGUAUAUCAGUCCCCUUUCUUUUAUUUGCAUUAUAUCUCAAGUGUCAUCGUCCGUUGCUGGCCAUACCAAGAAAGUCACAGUUAAUGCUAUAUUCUUGAUUGGAUAUUGUAUUGGAAAUUUGAUUGGUCCCCAAACUUUUAUCGCUAGUCAAGCACCCGACUACCCAGGUGCAAAAGUUGCAAUAGUUAUUUGCGGUACUGUUGCAUUAGGGUGUUUGAUUACAAUCCAUAUCUCCUAUUAUUUGGAUAAUAAGAAGCGUGACUCGUUGCCUCCAGUUGACAUGUCCCACAUUGAGAACUAUGAGUUUGCUGAUCUCACUGAUAAGCAAAAUCCUAAUUUUAGAUAUGCACUUUAA